AUGCAGAAACGCAGAUUAGCAGAGUCUCUCAAUCCUGUCGAGACACCAUCCGUGGCAGCGCAGUCUCCCAUGCUACUAGCAGACUAUUUGUCGUCCAUGCAGGCCAAGGCCUUUUCGAAAAUGACCUCAAUAGAAUUAUCGGACGUGCAGAUUCCUGAGAGCAGUAUAGUGGACACAACACAAUGGGUUGAAUCGAAGAAUCUUGACCGGCUGGUGGAAUUCAUAUCCAAGGUGCUACCCACACUGCAUACACGUUUAUCGCAGAGGCCUAAAUCCAGCGGAUCACCGACUCUGAUUUUUGUUGCCGGGGCAGCUUUGCGAGUGGCGGAUAUCACGCGGGCUCUUAGGGAUGAAAGGUUGCGUGGCGAGAAGGGAGGCGAAAUUGCGAAGUUAUUCGCCAAGCAUUUCAAACUCAAGGAGCAUGUUGCAUUCCUCAAGAGGACAAAAAUUGCAGCAGCGGUGGGUACGCCGGGUAGGCUUGGGAAGCUUCUAUGUGAAACCGACGCGCUGUCAACGUCUGCGCUCACCCAUGUCAUUCUUGACAUAACAUACCGGGAUGCCAAGAAGCGCAACUUGCUAGACAUACCCGAGACAAGAGAUGAGGUGUUCAAGGAUGUUCUAGCCGCACCAGAGGUACUGCAAGGAUUGAAGCAGGGGAAGAUACAUUUGGUCUUGCUGUGA